UAUGUUGUGAUGUUUUAUUUUCAGUCUCUUCAUCAGUGUACAUCAUCAUCAUUCUGGUUGUCAUCUGCUUGAUUAUUUUUUGCAUCAUCGUCUUCUGUGUUUAUAAAGGUGAUCGCAGGAGAUACUCUGUAGAUAUUCAUGCCAAAAAUGAAGAUGCUCAGAUUCCACUGGCUUUAGUCGAGCCAGAAUUGUGUGAUGUCUCGCCUAAAGACAUGAAAACAUUUGCGUCUGCUGAGGAGUCAUCUCCAACUGGCACCGGAGAGAAGACUGAGGAAGAAAAAGCCCCGAAUGAAGCUGAUCAGCAGGAUACGAAAAACCCGGGGGAGACUUCGACCACUGAAACUUCUGCUGAGAAGCCGGCCGAGCCAAAAAGCUUGGACGUGAGUGAAGAAGAUGCCACACCCUCCACCAAGACCUCUGUGGAGACUCUGAAUGAUGGGCUCAAUGAGAACAACAGCAACAACAAUGCAGUGCAUGAUCUUAGUGUGUGCUUUAUUGACAUCUGCCUCAAUGACUAAUUCUAAGAUGAGCUGAAGAUGAAAAUGAAAUGCCAGAACAAGAAACAUCUUACAGAACCUACAGAAAUGGAGGAAAAAAGAAGAAAAUUUGAAAAAUCUUAGAAAAAUGAAAUGUAUACACAAUUUGGCCAAAAGUAUAUAACCACCUGACCAUCAUAUUUGCAUCUGGCUCUUCCCCAAACUGUUGCAACAGACUUGUAAGCAUACUAAUCUAUAGGAUAUCUUUGUUUGUUGUAUUCUUAUGAUCUUUUUUUUUUUUAUUAGAACCAAGAUGCCCAAACAUUCAGCCAUAUUAAGCAGCUUUGUAAUGAAUUGGAAUGUCAAAUGUGCUCCUAGCCUCCUUAUCCAACAUCAUUGCCUGUCCUCGUGCAAUCCUGUGCCUAAAUUAGAACAAUUUCCCAAUACAGAGGAGUCCACAUACUUUUGGACCUAUAGUGUAAUUGUGUUUGCAUGUCCUUGUACAGUAUGUUACUUCCAUUACGAAUGAAUCAAGGAUUUAUUUAAAUUGCUGAACAUUUUUAAAUGUGAUUUUUUUAUUUAUAUUUGAGUAAUGAAUUUUUAUGAUUUUCAUACAGUACGGUAGAGUUUACUGUCUAUACAGUAUGCACAUAAAUGUUGAUGAGGAUUCUCUGUCUUCCAGGAGGAGUUUUAUGGAAGUUGAGUCAUGUCAAAUUAACUCCUUCUUGUUGUUUUGAAAAAUUUCGUUACACACCCAAGUAGUUUCAUCAGUCUGAGACAAAUAACAUAAAAUGACAAAUCUAACAAUUCCCUUUCAGGAGUAAGGGUGACCAUUACAUCUUACCAACUUAACCUCUCAUCCUCACAUUGUCUGUUGUCCAUCAGUGAGUUUUCAUGUGAGAAACAUCACAUGGAGGAUAUAUUUGGGGUCUCUAUCCAACCUUUUCCCAGACUGAAGAAACUAUUGUACUUGGAUGAUUAACAAAACAUUUCAAACCCAUAAGAAGUCCAGUUGACAUGACUCAACUUCCACACUGUGCACAUAAAUUUUAUAAUAAGCACCCAAUCCACACACAAGCAAAUAACGUAUUUAUAAAUAUAGGUAUUU